AGCAAAACCACAGUCGAGCAGCAGCAAUGGAGUCUUCACAAGGACACGGAGACGGUGAAGCUAAGAGGGAAACACUUGCAGGUGCAGGAUCCUGUCAGUUUUGUCAUCUAACAGUUGGAGUGGCUAUUGUUAUAGCAGCAUUAACCCUGAUCGCAGGACUCCUAUUGUCCUUCAUUUUAUUUGUCAUAUUGGCAGCAGCACCAGAAGCAAGUCAGACAUCAAGGCAGGAACUGCUGGAGCAGCUGCAGCAGUGCCAGAAACAGCAGCGUGACGUGAACCUGAUGCUUCACACUGUCACUCAAGACUCAAGGUGCAGUUUGUGCCCUGAAAAGUGGCUGUGGUGGAUGGGACGUUGCUACUUCUUCUCAGUCGGACUGCAGGAAAAUCGGCAAUGGAAUGAGAGCGCCGAGUUCUGCCGGCAGCACAACAGCAGCCUGGUUGUAAUCGAAGACUCUGCAGAGAUGGAUUUCAUCCAAGGAGUGAUGAGGAACUUCUCCCAGGUUCCUUUCCUGUGGGUGGGACUGACAGAUGCCAAGCAGGAGGGUCAGUGGCUGUGGGGCGAUGGGAGGGCAGUCCAGCACUACAUGCAGGUGAUGGUGGAGUGGGAUUCUGAUCACAGGGACUGCGCAGACCUGAGGGGAGGCGCGAGUCUGUUCGCCGCUGACUGUGAAGAGUACGGACCGUGGGCUUGCAAGAAGGAGUACUGACACACAAUUACAA